GUGAAAGGCUGUGUGCUGCUCAGCGUGCGUGUCGGAAGGUAGAGGACGAGAGCCCAGUCGAGGUACCAGGGGAAGGAAAGCCAAGGGAGGAGGAGACGGCAUUACCCACACUGGCCUUCUUGCUCCCGUUUGCGGGGAAGAGUUCGUUUCGUUAGCAGCUCUGUGGGAGUGAAGAUGGCGCGCAAGGCAGUUCUGAUCGGCAUCAGCUAUGCCGACAACGGACAGAUUCCGACUUUGGACGGUCCUGUCCACGAUGUCCUGCACGCGAAAUCCGUUUUGACGUUAUCGUAUGGCUUCGCCGAGUCGGAUCUCUUCGUGCUUGUCGAUGAUCCGUGCGUCUACAAGGGCGGGGCUCUCUCGCCCACCAAGUCUAAUUUGUUGGCCGCUCUUGAUUGGCUGGUGAAAGGCGCGCGGGAGGGCGACAUUCUCUACGUGCAUUUCUCCGGCUAUGGGUCUCAGGUUCCGUCAAAGGCUUCCUUCGAAGGAUUGGAGGAGGUCAUCCUGCCGGUGGACGCGACGUGCGACGCUAGCGGUUUCAGGAAUUUCAUCACGCAUGAUGUGUUCUUGGAGAAGUUCGACUGUGUUCCGAAGGGCGUUACUGUUGUCUUCGUGUUCGACAGUGGAUUCAGGGCUGACAAUGAAUGUGCGGCAGCUGUUCACCAUUACACGUGUCGCAGCCUGCUGAACAAGGCUGUGAGGACGAGGGGCCUCGAGAAUGUCGGCGUAAGGGCGGGCUACAGGAAGCUGAAGGAGGACGGGAGGUUCGCGGCGUUGAAAUCUGGGAAUCCUCUUCGAGACAGGUGCUUCGCUACUCCUUGUGCCUGGUUUGCCAGCGACGAACGACAGCCGAGCUGGGACGCGAAAAUCGAAGGGAAAGCUGUGGGCGCUUUCAGUUAUUACUUCUAUGGCGCCAUCAGCAACUCAUCCAACGGCACGGAUAUCACGAAUGACAGCCUUCUCUCCGCCACU